AUGAAUUGUCUGUGGCUAUCCUUCCUCUUUUUCCAGAUGUCCCAGGCAUGGACAAUGUUCUAUCCUAGGACGAGCUCCUUUCUUUCGAAAACUGCCGUAAAAAGCAGUUCUUCGGUCGAAGCGGAGCUGUUUGUCGACGAAAACGAAAUGGUUCCAAUUGCCGAGAACUACGUACGUGCAAAAUACAAAAGUAUGGCUCAAUCGCAUGGGAAGUUGGCUUGUACUAAUGAAGGCGCUGGUCAAAUUUUGCGAAGUCUGCUGCCUCCGGUGACACCUGCGGAACUGAACACGGAAGUAUCGAAAACCUUGGCGACCAUUAUGGCGAACCCAAAGAACUCGGACGAUACGAUUGAAGAAGACGAUUUUGUUAAGGCUAUUGUAAACAACUCUUACUGGAAGGCUGCUGGAAGUCUGGUGGUGAAAGAACUCAUUUACUUUGAUGCGUUACACACAUAUUAUCGUGCGGGUACGCCGCUUUUGAACAACAGCGACUACGAAACGCUCAGGGAUAAUCUAACUGGGGAGGGAUCGGUGGUGGUAAAUAUGAAGGCCAAGGAGACAAUUUUUGUCAUGGCCGUUGCAUCGUCUCGCCGUGGUGAUCCGGUGAUGGAUGACUUGCAGUACACGACACUCAAGAGGGAGUUGAAGGCGCAAGGGUCCUGGGUGACAGCCCGCAGUCAAGACACUCUGGAAAAACUUGGGCUGAACACGUUUAUGGGAUACCUGCACCGAGCUCUCUAG